UUGGAGGCCUACGCCGAGCUCAAGCAGCAGCUCAAGGAGGUGGCGCGGCUGCAGGAAAUCGAGGGCAUCCUGUCCUACGACGAGCAGGUCUUCCUCGCCGAGGGCAGCAUGGCGUCGCGCGCCGCUCAAAAGGAGACGCUCGCGGGCGUCAUCCACGACAAGCGCACGGGCGCGGCCAUGCGCGCGGCCGUCGACGCGGUGCGCGGCCUCGACUUCGACGACCGGCAAGUCGCCGCGAACGUGCGCGACGCCGUCGCGGCCUUCGACAAGGAGGCGCGCAAAUCGAAGGAGCUCGCGGAGCGCGAGGCGCGCUUGGAAAGCGAGUGCUUCGUCGCCUGGAAAAGCUCGCGCGAGGCGUCGGACUUCGGCGCGUUCGGGUCCUCGCUCGCGACGAUGUUCGCGCUCAAGGCCGAGGUCGCGGCGGCGACGCGGCCGGAGCUCAGCGGCGUCGAGCCCUACGACGGCGCCCUGGACCAGUUCGAGCGCGGCAUGACGUCGGCGCGCUUGGACUCGAUCUUCGCGGAGACGAAGGCCGGUUUGGCGCCGCUCCUCGCGAAGGUCCUCGAGAAGAAGCGGGCCGGCUUCGACGACGCGGUGCACCCGGCCCUCGCCUUCGACCACCCGGGCUGGAAGGAUUCGACGGACGCGCAGGCCAAGCUCUCGGCCGCCGUCGCGAGGGACAUGGGCUUCGACUUUGGCAAGGGCCGCUUCGACGUGUCGACGCACCCGUUCACGGGCGGCGCGUGCCCCGCGGACACGCGCAUCACGACGCGCUACAGCGACGACAACUGGCUCGAGGGCUUCGCGGGCACGGUGCACGAGGUCGGCCACGCGCUCUACGAGCAGGGCCGCGACACGUCCGACGACGGCGACGGCCUGCCGUCGUCCGUCGCGCUGUCCAUGGGCACGCACGAGAGCCAGUCGCUCCUCUGGGAGCGCAUGGUCCUCCAGAGCCGCGACUUCUGGGACUACGCGGCGCCCCUGUUCCACGAGGCGUUCCCCCACACGAGGGACGCGACGCCCGACGACUUCUACCGCGCGAUCAACCGCGUCCAGCCGGGCUGCAUCAGGAUCGAAGCCGACGAGUUAACGUACCCGUUUCACGUCUUCCUUCGCUACGGCGUCGAGCGCGAGCUCUUCGCGGGCUCGCUCGACGUCGCGGACAUCCCCGAGCGGUGGAACGGCGAGAUGAAGACGUUUUUAGACGUCGACGUGCCCGACGACGCGAGCGGCGCGCUCCAGGACAUCCACUGGUCCUUCGGGGCCAUCGGCUACUUCCCGAGCUACACGCUCGGCGCGAUCAUGGCCGCGCAGAUCUUCGAGGCGGCGACGGCGGAGCUGCCGGACCUCGCGGCCCAGAUCCGCGGCGGCGACUUCGCGCCGCUGCGCGCCUGGCUCCAGACGAAGAUCCACGCCGUGGGCUCGCUGGACGCGUCGCCCGACGACCUCCUCCGGUCCGUGGCGGGGUCGGGCAUCGACCCGAAGCCGUUCCUCGCCUACCUCGAGGCCAAGUAC